ACAAUGUGGAAUUAAUAUUAAUAAAAAAGACUACGAGUUCAAACUUAGGAGCAAACAAAUUCCAGUAGAGUCGAGUCGGCAACCUAGAUAAAAAUCUAAUCUACGAAGAUAUUCCAAUAGGUACGAAUAACGAAACAAACAUAUUGAGUUAUAAUAAUUAGAUUUGAUUACAGUAUAAACUUGCCUAUUCGAUAACAUAACAAACAUUGAUCGAUAAUGAUUCUACGAGUGGAUGCUAGUGAUUGACACGAUGCGCUUAGUGUCGGUUGUGUGCUUCGCGGCAUGCUGUGUUGUUUUCUCGCAAUGUGAGCAACGAGCAGAACGAGUUGUGCGCAUAUCCCAGGGUCCGGUCCGAGGAUACAAAGACCCAGAACAUGACUUAUUCGAAUUCUAUGGCAUACCUUAUGCAACAGCUCCUACUGGACCCAACAAGUUUAAGGCUCCAUUGCCCGCACCGGCAUGGUUGAGUACUUUUGAAGCUGUGAAUAAGGAUUUGAUUUGCCCGCAAGUUUUAUUCCCUGAUGCUAUGGGACAAGAUAUUAUGAUAAUUCAAGAAAAUUGCUUGAUUGCAAAUGUAUUUGUACCAGAUACAGCUGAAACUAACCUACCAGUGGUAGUGUAUGUCCAUGGGGGAGCUUACCAAAUGGGAUAUGGCAACUUUUUCAUGACAAAAAAGUUAGUUCAACAAAGUAAAAAAAUAAUUUCCGUUACUUUUAACUAUCGUCUCGGCAUCCCUGGCUUCUUAUGCCUUGGAACGAAUGACAUUCCAGGAAAUGCUGGUAUGAAGGACCAGGUAGCGUUGCUGCGUUGGGUAAAAAAAAACAUUGCUAGUUUUGGUGGAAAUCCUGAUGACGUCACUAUUGCUGGAUAUAGCGCUGGUUCUUCUUCUGUGGAUCUUUUGAUGCUGUCUCCAUUGACGAAAGGAUUGUUUAAUAAAGUCAUACCAGAGAGUGGUGCCAAUCUUGCCGCAUUUAGUGUACAAACUGACCCUGUAAAGAAAGCGAGGGAGUAUGCAAGUAGGUUCAAUGUGACUAAUCUAGAUGAUAUUUAUGAAUUAGAACUUUUUUACAAGAAUGCUCCCUUAGAUGACUUAUUCACUGAUAGUUUUAUUUUGUCCGGCAAAGAUAAUACGUUUGGAUUUUCACCUUGCGUUGAAAAAAAAACCAGCGAAGAAUCGUUCCUCGAUGAAUCACCAUUUGCCAUUUUAAACAGUGGCAACUAUGAAAAAGUUCCUGUAUUAUAUGGAUUUUCCAAUAUGGAGGGCUUAAUAAGAAUUGUACUUUUCGAUACCUGGAAGGAAAAUAUGAAUGAAAAGUUUUCAGACUUUUUGCCUGCUGAUUUACAAUUCACAAGUGACGAGGAACGAGAAAGCGUUGCAAGAAAAGUAAAAGAAUUUUAUUUUGGGGAUAAAGCAGUAAGUAGCGAGACAGUAUUGGGAUAUAUUGACUACUUUACUGAUGUUCUAUUUGCGUAUGCUACUCUUCGAGCUGUUAAGCUACACGUUAAAGCUGGCAACGAUAAGAUAUAUCUAUAUGAAUACUCAUUUACUGACGACGAAGACCCGAAUUUCGUAGUUCCUUACACAAAUAACGUACGAGGCGCAAAUCAUUGUGCUCAAAGUACAGCAGUACUCGAUGUCAACCUCGUUUUUAGCAGAAGCGAGGAUAACAUUACAGAAGAAUAUAAAAACAAUAGAGCUACAAUGAGGGAGUUGUGGACUAACUUCAUCAUUACAGGGAGUCCGGUGCCGGCGGGCUCCGCGCUGCCCGCGUGGCCGGCGGCGGGCGCGGGCGGCGCGCCGCACAUGUCGCUGGCGCGCACGCUGCGGCUGCGCGGCGCGCUGCUGGAGGAGCGCGCGCGCUUCUGGGACGCCAUCUACGAGCGCCACUACCGCGCGCCCGCGCCGCCGCCGCCGCCGCCUGCUAGGCAUUCCGAGCUUUAAAAUAUAAUAAAAUUAAUGU